AUGUCAGUAAAUUUUAUCACGAUCUGUACAUUUGCAUCAUUGUUUCAUUUUAUUGCCGGCCAGUGCGUUGGAUCCGUGUACAAUGCUGGCAUUGUGGCCGUGGUUGCACCCGACAGUGUUUUAGGGUACACCAGCGUACAUGGCGCGCCCAUAGCACCUAAUGGUCUGAGCGGCUUUGCCCCCAAUCAUGGCGGUGGGUUCACGGUGACCAGCGCAUCACCAAUCGCUCCCAACGGGGUGACCAUAGUUUCUGACCAUCUCAUCGCGGAGGGGGCGCUUUCCGUCUGCGGGCAGCUGCCUGUCCUUGGCACGGCAGCUUUAGAGGGCCCCCUACCCGCUGCUGGUCAGGGCGCCGUAGAAUAUGGCUGUGGUGAUGGCGAGGUCACCAUUUUAAGUGAGAAUAUUUCUCCAGACUCAUACAUAUACGUGGCGGGACCCGCUAUCGAUUACUCCCUGAUCGGCUUGGCCCCUAAUGUCGGGUGUAGCUAUGUUUAC